CUCUGGCACCAUGGCGACCGCUAGAGGACCGGGGUAUCUGCUGACAUUAGGCAGAUGGCGUCGCGGCCUUGGAAGAGCUCUCCAGUCCCGAGCGCUCGCUGCCCUCGUGCCCGGCGUAUCCCAGGUGGAUAACAAGUCGGAAUUCCUGGGGAAGAGGCCCCAUCGCCGGCACCCCGGCAUCCUGCAGCUGUCGAGAGUGCGGCUGCCGCAAGCUUUGGUGGACGCCGCGCAGUUAUUGCUGCUGGAGAGCUCGAUGCCUAAUAUGGAGAAGCAGGUGCAAGCACUGACCAAUUAUCUCUGGAGCCGGCAUUUACCUGUAGAGCCAGAAGAGUUACAAAGACGGGCUGUACAUCUUGAGAAAAAAUUCCUGGAAGAUGCAGACUCAUGGCAGAUGGAGAAACUUCAUGGAGAGGUGCUGCAUGCUCUGCGCAGAACUACCUAUCAUUGGCAAGAACUGAGCUACAAUGAGAGACUGAGCCUGGUAUAUAUGGCAGCAAGACUGGAUGGUGGCUUUGCAGCAGUCUCCAGGGCAUUCCAUGAGAUCCAAGCUCGACUUCCAGAGUUCCAGCCACAAACCCUGAUGGACUUUGGCUCAGGUACUGGCUCUGUCACCUGGGCUGCUCACAGUACUUGGGGCCAGAGCCUACGUGAAUAUAUGUGUGUGGACAGCUCAACUGCUAUGUUGGAAUUGGCAGAAAAGCUACUGAAAGGUGGUUCAGGAUCUGGGAUGUCUUAUGUUCCAGGUGUCUUUUUCAGACAGUUUCUACCUGUGUCACCCAAGGUACAAUUUGAUGUGGUGGUAUCAGCCUUUUCUCUAAGUGAACUGCCCAGCAAGGCCGACCGCACUAAUGUAGUCCAAACGUUGUGGCGCAAGACAAGUCAUUUUCUGGUAUUGGUGGAGAAUGGAACUAAAGCUGGCCACUCCCUUCUCAUGGACGCCAGAGACCUGGUCCUUAAUGGAAAAGAGAAGUCACCUUUGGACCCUCGACCUGGUUUUGUCUUUGCCCCCUGUCCCCAUGAACUUCCUUGUCCCCAGUUGACAGCCUCUAAGCCCCUAGCCUGUAGCUUUUCCCAGGCCUACCAUCCCGUCCCCUUCAGCUGGAACAAGAAGCCAAAGGAGGAAAGGUUCUCGAUGGUAAUCCUUGCCCGAGGGUCCCCGGAGGAGGCGGAUCGCUGGCCCCGAAUCACUCAGCCUGUUCUUAAACGGCCACGCCAUGUGCAUUGUCACCUGUGCUGUCCAGAUGGGCAUAUGCAGCACGCUGUGGUCACAGCCCGCAGACAUGGCAGGGAUUUGUAUCGCUGUGCCCGUGUCAGCUGCUGGGGAGAUCUUUUACCUGUGAUCACGCCAUCUGAGCUUCCUCCCUCGCCUGCUCAAGAUCCCCCUGAGAGUUGACAAGGAUGUGUAACAAGUGUUUUCUUCUGUCAUGACUGCCAAGGCUGAAGCUACCUGGUAUCCAGGAAGGGAGUGCUGGUAUUUUACAGCAAAGAACUAGUUAAAAUA